ACUGCUGCACUUUUUUCCACCAGUGUGUGUUUCACUAUGGCGAAUGGAUAAACAAACAGAGCCCAAUAGGUAGGAAAGCGGCAGUAACGGUGAACGCAUCUCCCCCGUUAGUUAGUGACUAACAGCAGUUAGUAACAGUCCGGUGACUGCGGGUGUGCUCUCGGCAGGGUGUGCUCUCGGGACACGGAUGCUUGUCAGCGCGAAUAGCGAUGAAAAGAGCGAAAAUAGUUUGCUCGUCCACACUGAGCACCUCGGUAGUAGCAGCCGGUGAUACAGGCUAACCGUUACCGGACUCCGGACCCUUUCUUCUCUUUAUCACGGCGUUUUUUUUUUUAGCUAAAAAUGGAAAGAGGUGAACUCUAACACAGCGACCGUUAGCUUGUAAUAUCACACUUUUUUUUUUUUUAUCUUUCAUUCAGUCGCUCGUUGUUUUUCAAUUUAAGUCGAGUUUACCUGUCGUCCAAAAUGUUGACAGGAUCUAAAACCACGUUCAAAGUGAGACAAAUGCUCCCAGACAUCAAGGAGAGGAUGCUGAGUCAGAGUGGGAUGAACGCAAGGAGUCGAGAUGUGUUUGGACUGCGCUGCCUGCCAGGCGAGUGUGUACUUCAGAGAGCUGUCAUGGUGAGGAAGAAGCUGACCGCCAGGGAAGGAAGAGGUUGGGUGUCUGGGACCCUUUUCUGUACCCACUUCAGAGUGGCCUUUGUGCCUCAGGACAGUCCCAAACCUGACGACAAUGCAGAUCCAGUGCUUUUAGGAGAUCAUGACGUGGCUUUGGCGUCCAUAGAGAAGGUUGUGGUCGUGGGCCCCAACAGGACCAAGCUGGUGACCCCAAACUCCUCGCUGAAGUUCACUCCAGAGGAGCUGGUGCUCUACUGCAGGGACCUGCGAGUCAUCUGCUUCCUGUUUGACCGCCUCACUCCUGACGCACAAGUCAUAGAGAUAACCUACACCAUCGCCAAGACCUACCAGCCUCCCAAACCCGGGUCAGUUUUAUCUUUCCAGAACGCUGCCCUUGGGAGUGUAGAAAUGAAGCAGUUUCUAAGCAACCGUCGCCGAAACACCCACAUGAACUGGUAUGAGUGUGCCUCAGACUGGGAGCAUGAGCUGGAGAGGUGCGGGGCCACGGGCUGGAGAGUCAGCUCAGUCAAUGACCGCUUCGAGAUGUCCACCAGCCUGCCGAGGUCCAUCGUGGUUCCACAGAAGGUUUUAGACACUGAGCUGAAGAAAAGUUUCGCCCACUUCAAUGAAGGACGCAUCCCUCGCUGGUGUUGGCGACACCCCCGAGGCAGUGAUCUACUGCGAAUGGCCAGUUUCCAAAACAACAUCUACCAUGAGAAAGAUGACAUCAGAAACCUGGAGUUGAUCUUGUUUGGUUGCCAGUCCUCUCUGUGUGUGGUGGUGGAGCUGGACGAGGAGCUGCCGUCACCUGCAGAUAUCCAGCUGGCACACAGCCGCCUGCGUGCCCUCUGUCUGGGAGAUAUUUCCACAUCUGUGUCAGUGCCUGAUGACAAAUGGUUAUCCACGCUGGAAAGCACCCACUGGCUAGACUACACCAGGGCCUGUCUGCGGAAAGCUUCAGAGGUAGCCUGCCUGCUCCGCGGCGGUCACCUGACUGUGGCACUGCAAGAAGCAGAAGACCGGGACAUGGGCUGCGUGGUGUCCAGCCUGGUGCAGGUGAUGUGUGACCCUCACUGUCGCACCCAGCACGGCUUCCAGAGUCUGGUGCAGAAAGAGUGGGUGGUGUCCGGCCACCGCUUCUACAGCCGCAUCAACUACCACCGUGACAACGACAAGGAGGAGGCUCCAGUCUUCCUGCUCUUCCUGGACUGUGUUUGGCAGCUCUUGUCCCAGUAUCCCUCUCGCUUCCAGCUGACAGAUGACUUCCUGUUGGCCUUGCACGACAGCAUCCACCUGCCACUCUUCUCCAGCUUCCUGGCCAACUGCCAGCGAGAGAGAUGCAAACGGUCCCAGAACCUCGGGCAGUCGUACACACCAGUGAAUGGCUGGAGAGACGUCCUUCAUCCAGAUUCUUCCUUAGAUCCCUCUGACCCUCCUCUGCCCUCAGUGUGGGACUGGUCCCUGCAGUACAGCAAGCAUAGACGAGACCGCUUCACCCAACCCGUCCCCCCAACCCCUCCUCUCCAACCACUCCUGAAUGGCAACCUCAACACCAACCCAGACUCACACAGGCUGACUGACACCAUCCCCGGCUCAGUCUUCCUGCUCUCCAGAGGCACCUUCUCCUGCCCUGCUAACCUGCUUCCCUGGCGCAGCAGCAGCUCAAGCGUUUACAAGAAGAGCCACCGGAGGGCGCCGUCCUCUGAGAACGUGCCCGGACUGGAGAGGCUGCUGAAAGCUUGGGCUCUGGCUGAAUUCCCUCAAGGCCUCACUUCCACCUCCGGACCUCAAGGACCACUUGACCCCUAUGAGCCCUUGCUGCCCCUCCUCAUGGGGCCCUGCAUGGCCCUGUGGAGAGAGUGCUACCUCCGGGGGGCGCUGCAUGCACAGGCGUUCUCCCACCCCAUCUCCGCAAACCACCCCCACCCUGUGGAGCGGCUGGCCCAGGAGGUGCAGCAGCUCAAAGACAAGCUGGCGCAAGUGUCCAUCGGCACAGAUCCAAACCCGCCCACCAAGAUGUCCGAGCCCCGGCGGACCGAAACCAACCUGAACCAAAACACCAACAACGGCACCUUCCUCUUCCCGGCGUCGAGGCCUCAGGGCACGACAAUGCCCAGAGCGGUGCCCGCCCCUCCUACCUCCACCAACCACCAGACCUCCAGGGGGCCUCCGCCCUCCUCGGCUCCACCAUCCAGGCCCGGACACAAAGACAAUGGCGGCAGCAACAAGCACACCUUCCUGUUUGGGCACUCUUCAGUAGCAGAGGCCCGUCCUGACCAGCGCUAUUACCCUGCACCCAGUAACGCCAAGCUGCCUAAGAGCAACGGGUCCUCGAUACCUUCCUGAGGUCUGGUCCUCGUCUUAACCGUUCUCAUAUAUGAUACAGACCAUUUGACCCCACGACAGGUUACUAUAACCCAAUCAGCUGUCACUGGUGUCAUGUACUGAGGAGAGUUUCCCGUCUAACCGUAUUUGAUUGACUACAGGGUGAUUAAAUAAACAUUAAGGUGGAACACAGUGAUCACUAACAGUAUGAUAUAAUAAUCAGUGCAAGAGCUCCUGACUCUGCUUCUUAUCGUCUGUACUGUAUUAAAAAAUGUGACAACUGUUUUGUAUAUUUGUAAAGAAAAUCCUCAAUAUUCCACCGAUGAAAUAUAUCUAAAACAAAAAGGGCUGAAGAUGAUUGAUGAUAUAAAACAGAGCUUCAGAAGCACGUCUUACAGUAUCUUAAAACGCAGUAGAACUUGCCAUGACACAUUUUGUAGACGUCAUGUCGAAAGAAAGAAAGCUUGUAGUUUCCAUUUUUAGCUUCUUAUCCUUAAGGGGACACAGAUAGUGGAGUGAUAAGGUGGUUCUUAAGGGCACUCUGAAAGGACACAUGGCAGUGUAUGGACACACAUCAGGUUCUCACUGGAUCUAACCUGCGUGACAACACGUCUCCACAAGACUUUUUUUUUUUUUAAACUAGCUCUUUAGAUCUUUAUGAUGUCAUUCUAAUGUGAAAAAACACCUGUUCAUUUCCAAGCGAUUGGAUCUCAGCUUCAAAUAGAGAACAAUGUUUGGACGAUGAUCAUUUUUGAAAACCGUCAUUUUUUGAACUGCAGGCGCUGUGACCGCUGACUUUAAUGUGGAAUUUAGGGCAUGAGAGCUAUUUUGGUACUGCUCUCAUAUCUCUCCACUUGCGUGCUUUGGAGCAGCGAGAGGCCUAUAUUCAGAGUGUUAUGUUAGCCUGGAAGUGGCUAAAGUCACUGCACAUUAUUGCAGUUUAAUUCCUGCAUGACUGACAUCAUUUCAGGGCUUUUGUUAUAUAAUCUUAAACUUUAUUUUUAAGUAUUUUUUGCCUUUAUCGGUCCAAUUUUUGAUGUCAUACAUGUAGAUAAGUGUGAUUGCUGAAUUGUUUCUGACCAAAUUUAGUAUUUUGAGGAUUUCUCCAUCAUGUCACGGUGGAAUUGAAACACAAGCAUCAUUCUGCCUUUUAAUCGUCGUACCUUGUGAAGGUACCAGUGUUGGAAGCAAAGGGAAGCUGAUUUCUUCCUGUGUUUACUUUUCAUGUUAUCUCUCUGUUUUUUUGUUCCAGCCUGGAGGUGUAUUAGUAUGCAGCCAGCAUUUAGGUCAAGGACUUGGAAUUGUCUGACUGUAUUUAAAAACACAGAGGGAAGUAUGUGGUCCUGCGCCUUUAAAUCCAGACAGGUUGUCAUUCGCAUGAUGUGGGUGUCAAGUAGAUGCACUGGCGUCACUCCCACGGAUGGAUGAAAUUAUUACGCAUUUGAAAAAGCAUGUUUUUCUAAAUUUUAGGCAGGAUAACAGUUGUCAGAUGUGUGACUGAUGUCGACCUUCUCUCUGUCAAAAGGUACCUCACUUGAUAGCAGUAUGAAUUAUUAAGUUGUUGUAAAUAUUCAUCACAUUAAUAUCCAGGCACAUUGAUAUCAGCUACAGUUUCAGAGCUUUCCAGGUGUGAUGCCAAUGCAUUCGCUUGUCUUCUGUGGAGGGGAAAAAAAAAGAAUCUUUGUCCUGUCGCAUUGAAAAUCCUAAUUUAAUCUUCUGCUACACCUGUCAGUCUGCAUCGUUGUUUAAUUUAAUGUCUUUUUUGGUACGAACAUCACUUAAAUUUGCCAGAUGUACAUAUUUUUUGUAUCAGCAUGUUUUGAUCCUGAUAAAUAAAGUGUUAUCAGUUCAUAAA